AUGGAAUCCGGAUAUCAUCUUUUAGUCACUUCUGGGAACGCAGAUAAUAGGAAAGCAAACGAGCAGACAGAGCAUCUGGACACAGCAAAUGAAAAAUGUCCUCAAGUCCUCGCGCUAGGCAAGGCGCGAGGCUGCGCGGGAGAGGGCUGCUCUCGCGCCGGCCUCGAUGUGCCGCCGCCUUAUAUGGCGCUGGCGGCCAACGGGCUCUGCGGCGACUUGCAACAGACCAGGAGCAUUCCCAGCGCGGUGCAAAGGACGCCGCCGAGGACGGCGCGCAAGAACCAGCCGAAUACUGGUCGCGGUUAUUUUAAGGAACAGACGAUUCUGCGAAGCCACGCACGCGAUGCACGCAGUCAUCAACAGCAUGCAGCAGUUCAUGCCGCCCCCUGCUCGGUGCAGGGCAGUAACGUCGCAAGCAGCGGAGCUGGACUCACCUGCGUGGGGAGCACCGUCUCCCGGCCCAGGGGUAUCGACAUUUUGCUAGCGGCGCCGCCGGCCGCGCCCCGGCGCCCGCCCGCGCCGCACCAUCCACCGACCCGCCACUACGGGCCGCACGCCCGCUCGUCGGCUCCCACCGACGCUCACCACAAACAAGAAAAACACUUUCCCGAUAACGCGAUUUUCCACGACUUUACAGGACUCCAGCACCUCACUUUUGAGCAGCCACCCCGUGAGGCGCGAGUGUGCGACUGGCGCGCCGCCACCGGGCCGCGGCCGUCGCGCGCAUCGCUCACCCCGCGCGAGCGAGACCCUCGCACCUCGGUCGGUACGCUCGCGAACGCAAUCGUAUGGGGUCGCGGCACAGCCUCCUUCAUCUCAGGCGGUACGCUCAGAAUCCUUACGGCUGAUCACAUGGACACGUGCCGCGGACACGGGCGUAGUGCGGUUAUCGAGCGCGCGUACACAUGCGCACUGGGCAACACUAUCACCGUCGUGGCCCAUUCAUUUGUACAGGUCUUGCCUCGAGUAGCGCACACCUGA